CCUCGAUUCUCGUGAGUAUGACCUUCUUACCAUCUGACUCUCUUCGACGAGCAUUAUCUAUUUGACUUAUUCUUUCUCUCCCUUGACCUCUCGCACUCUCGACGCUCCUUGACAAGAAUGAACUGAGGAACCCUAAGUCACAAUACGACCAGAGACCUUCUCCUUAAACAUCACAUUUGAAGACAUCACGGAACUCACGUGCCCUUUACUCAACUUCCUUUCCAGCUAUUAUCGAGACAUUCAGCUCUUCAAGGAUUCCCGCCAACAUAUUCAUGACCCGUAGUGAUCACAGCUCAGAUAGCAGCGAGCGCUCACCGCUCAUUCGAGACGGCAAACUUUCGACUCAAAAUGACGACAUUCCAGAACAACCACUUGGAGAGCAGAGGCGGCAUUCGGAGGAGCCACGCCUUCCAGAGGAUGGCCUCCUUUCGGAUGAGCGACCAAUGUCAGAGGCUAUUGACUAUGAAGAAUCGAUAGUCGAAUCCAAAGAUGUCUUGUACCUUGCCUUUCUCACGGUUUGUAUUGGAGGCCUUCAGAUCGUUUGGUCCGUCGAACUCUCCAAUGGGUCACCGUAUCUGCUCUCUUUGGGGAUGAGCAAAGCAUUGCUGGCGUUUGUUUGGCUUGCAGGUCCCUUGACCGGUGUACUGGUUCAGCCAUAUGUCGGGAUUCUGAGCGAUCGAUGCCGAGUCUCAUGGGGCAAAAGGAAGCCCUUUAUGAUUGCAGGAACUUUGGGCACCGUUGCUUCUUCGAUGAUCCUCGCAUACGCCCGUGAAAUUAUCCGGCUUAUCGGAGGGCUUGACGCGAAUGCUCAGUAUAUUGGAGGCUACAGGACAGGGACCAUCAUCCUUGCUACAGUCAUGAUGUGGUGUCUGGACUUUUCCAUCAACACCGUACAAGCCGCCAUUCGGGCAUUUAUUGUCGACAACGCCCCCUCUCAUCAACAAGAGUCGGCCAAUGCUUGGGCUUCACGCAUGACAGGCGUUGGUAACGUGUUGGGCUAUAUCUUUGGAUAUUUGAAUUUGCCACGUUAUUUCCGCUUCUUUGGAAACACUCAGUUCAAAGUCCUGGUUGUUCUCGCAUCCAUCGCUCUAAGCUCAACCGUCUUAAUCAGCAUUCUAGCCAUCAAGGAGCGGAAUCCACAACUUGACCCUCCCUCAAAGGCAGAUUACGAAUCGGGUGGAUUGCUAUCCUUCUUCAGGCAAGUCUUCAGUUCCAUCAAGCGACUGCCACCUCAAAUCCGCAAGGUCUGCGAGAUCCAAUUCUUUCACUGGCUAGGCUGGUUUCCUUUCCUCUUCUACAUCACGACUUACAUUGGUCAACUUUAUGUUGACCCCGAUCUGAAGCCUGGCCUUUCGGAUGAUGAAGUGGAUCGGCUUUGGGGCAAAGCCACUCGGGUUGGAACACUUGCGCUCCUUACCUAUGCUAUCGUCUCGUUUGCGUCGAAUAUCAUCCUGCCGUUCUUGGUUGUACCAACAUACAAAUCCAAGACUGCAGACAUUGCCGAAGAUUUUGCGCGACCAAUCACUCCGACAUCCCCUAUCGGCACGAGAUCGCGAGAGUUUCCUUGGAACGAACGUCCUACACUGAGCCGGUCUCAGACGAGCCUGUCAAUCAAUCGGCCAGUCUCUAUUCCUCUCACGAGCAAAUCACCAGGUCAUAGUCCUGGCAUUUUGAGACAAUGGUUGGAUAGAUUGCAAAUUCCGGGGUUAACGUUACGACGAACGUGGCUCAUGUCUCAGCUCCUCUUCACGCUCUGCAUGUGGAGUACUGUAUUCAUAUCCACACCCUUGGCCGCUUCCAUCAUGACAGCCCUGGUUGGCGUGUCCUGGUCACUGACCCUCUGGGCACCGUUUGCGUUGAUCUCGGCCGAGAUUUCGCGACGAGAUGAAACGAGACGGAGGAGGCAACGACAGAGACUCAUGAACGGAGAAGACCUUGACGAGAUCGAUGAUAAGGAAGCAGACGAGGAGGAUCAAGCUGGGAUUAUCCUUGGGCUCCACAACGUGGCCAUCAGCGCUCCACAAAUUUUGGCGACGUUGAUUAGCAGCGCCAUCUUCAAACUGCUUCAAAAGCCGCGAAACGAGCCGGGCGAUGUCAGUGUGGGGUGGACUCUGAGAAUUGGUGGGCUCGGGGCGCUGGCAGCCGCAUUCAUCACUUGGCGAAUGAAAGAACCCGGGAGCGAAGACGAUACAGAUUCCUGAUCUACAGGACAGCAUCAUGUGGUUAUCCUGCAUUGACGGCGGGCAUUGGGUAAACGCAUUCAACGGUUUGAGCUAGGGUGUCUCGUCCAUGAAUCUCAUUUUCUUGAAUACAUCGGCGCGUCCCGGAUAUUCUGCGCUGUCAAUACUAGCACAAGGGUAUAGCAUCCGAGUUUGGGCACACGGAGGAUUGGAGGGUCUGGAGGAUUCUCAGCGGCAUUAUGACCAGAUGUAGGGACGGAAAGGCAAUGUACAGUGUUUAGGUACUUCUGCAAGGGACUUCUUUGGCACAGUCGUCCUGUCUUUUUCACAGAGGACCGUCCUUGGGCUCGAGGCUCCUUCUGGAUGGCGCAAUGCAAGGCUUCAUGUGACGGUGUUUUAGGUGCUCGGCGGCUUUGAGCUGCUCCUCUUUUUAGUUCACUGGAGCUGUAGGUCAAUCGGCAGCAGGAGUGGUCGGAUUAUGUGGCCUGUGUAGAGCGAGGGGUGGCGGGUCGGUCUACCCAUGGUCGGCACAGG